GUUUUUGUUGACAUUGUUAAGAAGGUGAUAAUUCUACUUUGUUUUGAGGUCAUAGUGGGUGUUGGUGGUGUACUAGGGUUCAUAUAUUGAUUGGUGUUCCUAAUAGAUUAUCCACUCCAUUAACAUAUAUGAGAGGGGCAAAAUAUUAGGAACACAAUUCAAUAAAAUUCACCCCAGUACACCACCACCACUUAGUACGACCUCAGAAUUAGAUUGCACAGGUGUAGCUAAUGAAGUGGCCAGUGAGUGUAUAUGUUUCUGAUACACAUUUCCACUACCAUCAAUUGAACUUUGAGAGAGUUCAGAUAAGUGGAGUUAUGGAUAAAUUAGAAUACGUGACGUCCAAACGUCAUCGUCACGUUUCUAUUGGUUGGUUGCUAGGUUAAUUGCUGAAGAGGAACGGCUGUCAACUAUUUAGAUAGCUAGUGGGAUGGAGGGAGACUGGCGGCAUGCUCAAAACACAUGGAGGAUGGGCUCGGAGAUGGAGCGAUUCUCAACUGGCCGUAGUGGAGGUAUUUGUAGGCGUUUCAUCAAUGGCUCUUGCAGAUUGGGUCCAAGGUGUAAUUAUCGACAUGAAUGGCCUGUAAGAUCAUCAUCCCAAAUAUGUAGAUAUUUUCAGAAAGGCUUAUGCUGGUAUGGUGAUUACUGCAAGUAUGUCCAUGUCCUUCAGCCAGAAGGUGAUGCAGCUAUUGCAGGUAGGAGAGCUUCAGUACCUACAGUUUCCACUUCCAGCGUGGCCACGGCUCUGCCAGAUAGAAGAGGGUCAGAGCCUGCUCUUCUGCAGACCGAGGUGAUGUCCAGAUGGGAGCACAGCAUGUCACACAGUCACUCUGUUGUUAAUGUCUCAAAUCCUCAAUACAACACUGGGCGCCUGGCAGCAGAUAUUGCGGAAGAACAAUCACAAGACAAUAACACUUAUCUAACCGCUUCUUGGGAGUCGGUCCAGAUCUCAGGAGGGGCUCAAGCAGGUGCAUAUGAUGGAAGAAAUGAGCAGGAGACCUCUUCCAAUCAGACAGAUGAUGUUGGUGCGGCUGCAGCCUCUACUACUCAGGGGAUAGUAGGUGAAAUUGAGGCCUUCCUCCAGAGUAAAAAUAUGACCUGCGGCAUAUGCAUGGACAAGGUGUAUGAAAAACCAGAUCCAAGACACCAGGUAUUUGGUAUCUUGCCGAACUGCAGUCACUCCUUCUGUUUACACUGCAUCAGGACCUGGAGGAAAACGAAAGACCUCGGGCCGGAUGUCGUAAAGAGCUGCCCACAGUGCCGAGUGAGGUCUGCCUUUUAUGUGCCCAACAAGUACUGGGUUGAAGGACAAGCAAAGGAAAACAUAAUUGCUACCUUCAAAGAGAAAUUCAGUAAGAAAAGCUGCAGUUACUAUACACGAUAUAGAUGCUGUCCCUUCAAAACGGAGUGCCUUUACCGCCAUGAUAAGACUGCACGUCGCAGGUCAUUUCCUUAUCAUACUGAAGAUGAAGAUGACUACGAUGGUGUAGAUCUGCUAAAUUUUUUCAUAGCCAUGACCCUUCUUGGCGGUGAUGAUGAUGACGACGACGACAAUGAUGAUGACUUUGACUUUCCUUUUUACCUCACUGAGGAGUACGGUUUCUGAGCUUUUUCACUCUU